UCCACCGCGGCGUCUGUCCGUGGCGGCUGCGCGGGAGACAAAGCCUCCGGAGAAAGAUGCCCGCGGGGCGCGCACCGGGUGGACCAGGGAGCGGGCACCUUGGAAUCUAAGUGCAUCCAACUGGCCGUACGUUCCUGAGACGCCGAGGCCCCAGCGGGUCCAGCGGCGGGCGGGGCCCAGGUGCGCCCGGUCGCAGCGGGCCUGUGACUGCUCGGGGGGCGGCGCCCUCCCGCCGCAGCCGCAGUGGCCGGCGCCGCAGCGAGGAGCCAUGGGCAACAUCUCCUCCAACAUCUCGGCCUUCCAGUCCCUACACAUCGUUAUGCUGGGCUUGGACUCUGCCGGCAAGACCACGGUGCUCUACCGGCUCAAGUUCAACGAGUUCGUGAACACGGUGCCCACCAUUGGCUUCAAUACCGAGAAGAUCAAACUGAGCAACGGCACCGCCAAGGGCAUCAGCUGCCACUUCUGGGACGUGGGCGGCCAGGAGAAGCUACGGCCGCUGUGGAAGUCCUACAGCCGCUGCACGGACGGCAUCAUCUACGUGGUGGAUUCGGUGGACGUGGACCGGCUAGAGGAGGCCAAGACGGAGCUGCACAAGGUGACCAAGUUUGCGGAGAACCAGGGCACGCCGCUGCUGGUCAUCGCUAACAAGCAGGACCUGCCCAAGUCGCUGCCGGUGGCCGAGAUUGAGAAGCAGCUGGCGCUGCACGAGCUCAUCCCGGCCACCACCUACCAUGUCCAGCCGGCGUGCGCCAUCAUCGGCGAGGGCCUCACCGAGGGCAUGGACAAGCUCUAUGAAAUGAUCCUGAAACGCAGGAAGUCUCUCAAGCAGAAGAAGAAGCGGUAAUGCGUCCGGGAAGCGAUUGGGAACGAGGCUGAGCCAGCGAGCCACUGAGUGAAUGAAUGGACGACUGGGUGAGCGAGAACCCGCGCCCGCGAACAAAGACAACGAACCAAAGCGAUGCUUCGAAUUUUUAAAACACGAUCCCUGUACCCUAACACAGGACUUGGAGACUUAACCGGGGGUGUGAAGACUGCAUUACCACCCAGCUCGCCACCUGCCCCACCCCCCACCCCAGCUCAGGGGACCUUUUGUCUAAAUGCUUGAGCUAUCAAUGGGGUGGGGUGGGGGGAACCGACGGGGAAUGGACAUGAGGACGCGAGGGUCCGGUGGUGAGCCCUCUGGCCCCAGGUGGGAAGCUUGAAUGUCAAGAGAGACAAAAGCGAUUUCUUCUCGCUCCGUCAGGGCCAGAAGUUCAGGCUGCCCAGCCCCCACUGCGGGGGGGAGUCACGUGUGAGUUACCUGAGGUAUGCAGUUCACAGAACCCUGGGGAUACUCCUGUGGGAGCGGGUAGGCACUGGGGUAUACUGAUGGGGGGAGGGGGUGACCGCUCCUUGCAUUCUGGAGCUGUGCAAACUGAGUAGUUUUAUGUCGCAGGGCAGGCCCCUGUUUGCAGUUUGAUUUGUCCUGCUCUGGGCCCAAAGGAUGUGGUGGUUUGCGUCCGUCCAGAGGACUGCCUGGGACCAUGCGGCAGCCUGAGGGCCCAGGGUGCUGCUGUCCUUCUGGCCUUGGCUGGGAAUGGCCUGGAAGACUCCACUCUCCAGGGCUGGGUGGGUGUGAUUUUGUUGAGAACUGCUGUUGAGCCUGGGAUGAGACCUCUUCCAGAUGGCCUAGGCCCUGUCCAUGUGUUGGUCAUUAUCACAUAAAGAGACCAAUAAAACAAAAGCAGAAAACCAUUGGAGGUGGUGGUGCCAGUACAGGAAUUUAAAGGGUGAGGUUCUUGACAUUAAUGCUGUGUGUGUGUGUGUGUGUGUGUGUGUAUGUGUGUGUGUGUGUGUGUGUGUGUGUGUGUGUGUGUGUUCCCUCCAUACUACAUAAUCGGCAUAAAUACUGGACCCUCUGUGUGGAAUUUGAAAUUCUCUCAGCCUACUGAUUGGUUUGGAGGAGCACACCAGCUACAGAUGUGUGCUGAAUUGCAAAAUGGUUUUCUUAGAAGGCAAGUCUGAUCAUUCUAGCCACAUGGUGAUAGGUUUCAGACAUGUUUUUUUUAAACAACAAAACAAAAAAACACUUCCACAAAUAAAUAAUCUCCUUAGUUAAAAAAAGACUGUCCUUUUGUGCCCCUUGGCAUUGCAAGAGGAGACGUGUUCAGGUUUCUGAGUUGGGCUUGUAGCCUAUCUGAUUUCAGUGUUUUACUCAAAGCGUGUCAUUAGAGUAUUUGAUGUCAUUCACCAAAAGAAUAAAAUCCCAGCUUGGAAAAGCUGACCUCGUUUGUGUGGAUUGGAAGAGAGGAAAAGUCUGAAGGAUCAGUCCUUUGGAAUUCACCCAUGUGGGAGCCGGCCUGGCCUCAGAGCCAGCCAGCACUUUGGUUAGCAGACAACAAUGAGUGCUUGAGUUGAAAAGGGAGCGGGCGUGUGACGUCAUGGUCACUGGUACUCAGGCACUUCACAGUUUACUUGAAAGAGGCUUUGGAAAAUAGAUAAAGUGAAAGAAUAAAUACAUAUUUUUAAUAAUGUAAUUUUAAAAAAUCCUUUAUAAUCAGGAGUGAGUCUUGGCUUGUAAAAAGCUGUCAUCCAUCCUGAAACACAGUAGCGAAAGAUAAAUUUACAGCUGACCAUUGUUUUCUCUCUCUCUUUUUUUUAAAUUUCCCCUCGGAAUCCAUCGUUUAGAGUAGCAUUUUGGUUUUCCUCCAUGGCGACACAUUGCUGUGCAAAGGAGGACAUGGUUCUGAGUGAGCACCAACGUGGUCACGAUAUGAGCCCAUCCCUAUUGUCCUUGACACACUAAGUCAACUUAGGAACCCCACGUAGGCAGAAAUCAUGGCUUCCUGCUUGACACCCAGUCCUUAGAAGAUUGUUUUUAAAACUGAAAUCUAGCAGCCCAUCUUCCUUCCUUGUGUCUUCUGUAGCCCUCCGCUGCUGGUCUUUUUGUAGACACUUAGUAGCGCUAAGCCGUGAUGAGCAGCCUACAAGGUCUGUUUACACAGCAACGGGGCAUUGCUGGCUUCUUCAUGGGCUGGUCCCAUGGUCUGAAGAUUCUGUAUAGAAUUAUUAAAAAAAAAAUCCACCUUCUUUUAUUUUCUUCACGAUUUCUUAAGCACUUUGACAUUUUGGUAGUUCCACAAUAUGGAGAGAAUAAUAUAUUUAUUUUGUGACAUUGCCUAUGCCAAAUACUGUAAACCUUCCUGUGCUCACAAUACCUGAGUUCCAGGUCAGUGUUCAGAUUCUGGCCUGCUCAAACGAUGGCAUGGGAUGAUUUUGUGGUGUUUCUCCCUCUCCCCCCAUUAUCAAGACUUAAGGGUGCAGUUGGCUGUUAAUAGUUGUGCGGUAAAGUCAAGCCCUGUGGUGUAUCAGCAAAUAGUUAAGAGUCUCAGUUGAUCUCUGUGAUGUUUGACCUAGUAAAAGCCCAUUUCAUCUGUGACCAGAGGGAGCCCAGUGAAAAUCACUGUGUGGUGGUGCCAUGGGGGAGUUCCCAUUACACGCCAGCUUCUGUCCUGUGGGUUCCUGCAGUGGAAUUUGGCCUCCUCAAGCGAGGUUUGGAAUGGUUUCUCAUAGGCCCAGGGAGGCCAGUUUUGAUUUAGAGCUGUUCUCUUCACACACUGUGUGACGGGUGUUGGGACGGGGUCCCCUGGCUUCCGUGUUUUGGUUUUCCUGUAAUUCUCUGUCUUUGCCAUUCUCUUCUUUGUUCCCAUCCCCUUUUAUAAUGCGUAUAUGAUGCUGUGAGCAGAAAUAAACUAUUUAUACAAU